CGUGGACCUUUCAUGCACGAACCGGUCCGACCGACGUGGAGCGUUUUUGGGUCAUGUUUGCUCGGUGGGGGCGGGUCCGACGCUCGUUCGUUCGGUCGCCUGGAUCCCGGUCAUGACCGGUCCGACACGGCCAGGCAGCCUGGCGCUUUUCGUCCUCAUGGGCCGCGUGAAGCAGCCCUUUACCACGGCCUGGUGGGUCAUGUUCGUGACCUGCUUGUGGUUCACCUACGGCCCUGGAGCUGCCAGGCUGGGCGCCAGCCCGGCGCAGAAUUUGGAGCUGCUGAAGGGUAUGACCUGCAUAUGUGCCGUGACCAUGUCUGCCGGCUUCUACGGAGCCCAGGUCUUCUCGCGGGAGGCCUUCCCAUCGAUGGUCUUAAACUGGGCUGUGCGUCCCACUGCGAAGUGGUUCCCGUGGUUGGGAAAACCCUUGCUUGGUUGGAGUGAAAGCCGUAGCUUCUGGAUCUUGGCGCGCUUGGGGGACAGUUGUCUACAUUUGAUCCCUUCCAUCUGCGCCGCGCUCGCCUUCCGCAGCUCGCUGAGCGCUUGGAGCGCCUUGAGCGCCUUACCGAUGAACCUCAUCUGGCUUUGGAGCGCAGG